GUAUAUAAAUGGAGAGCUUGUCCCAAGUGUCCAGUAGUUUCCACAUAGGUAGGGAAUGACAUCUAGCUCACAACUACCACCAUACCAUCCAACACAUAUAAAGAUCCAAGAAGUCCUCUCGAUUCAUCUCUAACUCAUAAGCCAAAACUUAACCAGAAAAUCAGUCAAAGCAUACACACGUACUCAACUCAAGAUACGAAGCUAUCAAAACAGUUGAAGGUCGAGAAUCAGAAUAGCCUCAAUUCUAUUCUCUAUCUUGAUAUCUAAACCAUCCAGCCUCGCUUCCUUUGAAAGUACAAUUGUAGCAGAUAAUUACCACGUAUCGUCGUUGGAUGACAUCACAAGUCAAGUACAACGUCUCCUAAGAAGAAACCCAACGUCACGUAAAGCCACACACCACCACCAACCAAAACCAUGGUUUUAGCCGUCCUGAAAAACAUCUUUUUCUAUCAAUCCGUCACUCCCAAAUCGCCCAAAUCAAAUCGAGAACGAGGAGUACCAAAAAUCGAUUUCAUUGCAUCGAGACAACCUCUCUUGCCACCGAAUACCAACACAACCCACAACUCGGAAUCAGUCGACGAACCUCACGAUGAUGACGAAAGCACUUUGGAUUUAGAAUCUCAAGAUUCCCGAUCAGAGAAGUCUUCAAAGAAGAAGGGAUGGAGAAUCGAUGCGAGAGUUAUUUCGGAUGCAACAAUUGGUUUAAGUGAUGGGUUGACAGUACCAUUUGCAUUGACAGCUGGAUUAUCGGCUUUUAACGAUUCGAAAAUCGUUAUAGGGGGAGGGAUGGCCGAGUUGAUUGCAGGGGCCAUUUCUAUGGGAUUGGGUGGAUAUCUUGCUGCUAAGAGCGAACUUGCAUCAUAUCAUGCUACACGAGAAAAGACCCUGGAACGAAUAGAAACCGAUCUUCAGGGCGUCUUAAACGAUCUCAUGGAAGAAUACGAACCAUACGAGUUUCCCAAAGAAGUCAUCACCGGUCAAUCGACUCAUCUUGCUCAGAUGCACCCGGAGCUUCUCACCGACUACAUAAUGCAAUUCCAACAUUGUGAAGAAGAACCCGCUACAUCUCGCGCCUUUACAUCUGCUCUUACAAUCUCGAUGGGAUAUUUCCUCGGUGGUCUCCUACCUUUAUUGCCUUACCUAUUCGUAGCCACGGUUGCCGAGGGAUUGUAUAUCUCAGUCGGGGUUAUGGUGAUAACACUGUUUAUCUUUGGAUAUGUCAAGACGGGUAUGAUAACAGGGUUCCAAGCAAAAUGUAUAGGAGGCAAUUGUUGGGGUGCUGCGGAAAUGGUUCUCAUUGGGGGUGUAGCGGCGGCUGCUGCGAUGGGAUUAGUGACAUUAUUUCAACCUGGAGUGUAGAUUCUAGAAGGAGUUGUCGAUUCGGUUGAAAUGAUGGAUAGGCGACUGGGAUAUGCUCGAACGAAUUUAUGAAUUGAUGAUGGCGUUCAAUGGAGAUGGGUCCGGUAAUUCAUUAUGGAAAUAAAAUGGGUUUGGACGGCGGCGUUCAAGGAAAAUACACCAUCGAGAAUAUCGAUCGAGUUGUUUUAUUCCUCUCUGUAUCUGUUCAUAAAAUAGGAUAGCUGUCCAAUAGCAUUGGGAUUUCACA